CCUGGGCGGGGCCCAGGAGUCAGCUCUCGAGUUGGGGGCGGGGCAAACGUCUUGUGAUUGCACCGCCCCCUUACCUUUUGGCCUUUAGAAACCUAGAGGUUUUCCCACACUUUGCCGGAAGUUCUCGCAACGUUUCCGGCAGAGUUUUUAAAAGCCGACCUGGAAGCCCAGGCUCCGAGUCCUCCCGAGAUCUUGGGUUGCUCUGGCUCCGGCCCCAGGGGACUGGUCGGCCGGGAUGCGGAGCGGGUUCCUGAGCGGUGCCCGGCGCCUGUGGGCCCUCCGCGCCUUCAGCCGCACUGCGCCGCCGCCCGAGGAGCUCUUCGCCCGCGAAGGGCCUCUCCGGGCCUUCCUGGAGCGCCGUGCGGGCUCGGAGGCCGGGGCUCUGGACGCCGGUGAGCCUCAGCUGGCGGCGGCGGCUCGGCUGCUCAGCGAAAAGGAGCGGGAGUUGCGGGACACCGAGUCCUUGCUGCACGAUGAGAAUGAAGAGUUAAAGAGACUUGCAGAGAGUGAGAUAGCUCUGUGUCAGAAAGAAAUAACUCAGCUGAAGCAUCAGAUCAUCUCACUUUUGGUUCCUCCAGAAGAAACAGAUGAGAGUGACUUGAUCCUGGAGGUGACCGCAGGUGUGGGCGGUCAGGAGGCCAUGCUCUUCACCUCUGAGAUGUUUGACAUGUACCAGCAGUAUGCUGCAUUUAAAAGAUGGCACUUUGAAACGCUGGAAUAUUUCCCAAGUGAACUAGGCGGCCUUAGGCAUGCGUCAGCCAGCAUCGGAGGCCCAGAAGCCUACAAACACAUGAAGUUUGAAGGGGGGGUGCACAGAGUGCAGAGAGUGCCGAGGACAGAGAAGCAAGGCCGCAUCCACACCAGCACCAUGACCGUGGCGAUUCUGCCCCAGCCUACUGAGAUCAAACUGGUGAUUAAUCCUAAAGAUUUGAGAAUUGAUACUAAGAGAGCCAGUGGAGCUGGAGGGCAGCACGUGAACACCACGGACAGUGCUGUUCGAAUAGUCCAUCUUCCCACAGGUAUUGUUUCUGAAUGCCAGCAAGAGAGAUCUCAGCUGAAGAACAGGGAGCUGGCUAUGAAAAAGUUACGUGCAAGGCUAUACAGCCUGCAUCUAGAGGAGGAAACUGCAAAAAGAUAUAAUGCUAGAAAGAUCCAGGUUGGAACAAAAGGAAGAUCAGAGAAAAUAAGAACCUACAACUUUCCACAGAACAGGGUCACAGACCACAGAAUUAACAAAUCACUACAUGACCUUGAGAGCUUCAUGCAAGGAGACUGUCUUCUGGAUGGCAUGAUACAGUCACUGAAGGACUAUGCGGAUUACGAAUCUCUAGUAGAAAUGAUUUCCAGAAAAGACUAAGCUAUUGUAUAAAGCUAUUUUUUUAUAUAGACUAGGAAAAUCCUAGAGUGAAUCCUUGUGUGCAAGUACUUAGUCGGUAUUCUUGAGGAAUAUAAGUUAACAGUUUCUUGGACUCUUCUCUAUAAAAAAUUAGACACAAUACUAAGCAGAAAUAUCUAUGUUUUUAUGAUAUAAAGAGACAGAAUCUGAUAGUGAAAUUAACAAGCAAUAAAAGUCAGGUACACUGGGACUGGGAAGGAAUGGCCUACAUGAAGUUCCUAGAGUUCCAGAGUCAGGUCUCUUGCAGGGUAUGGUGUAGCCCACUCAGUGGUGCAAAAGUUCUAGACUGCCCUGCAGCUGGGAACGUAGGCCUUGCAAACAGAGUACCUCAAGCUCAUGGGGCCUGGUAAGCAGAAAGCCUCUUGUUAAAAUGUGAACAAAAUUUCCCGAAUAAUAAGCCUGGUGGGCUCCUGUAUCAGUUCCCCAGAGAAACGGAACCGAGAGGAUGUAGGAUGCAUGCACAGAGAUGCACUGUAAGGGUGCCCACAUAGAGCACUCUGUGUCCAAGAUCCACAGUAUGAAUCAGCUGGGAGGAGACCAAGAAGAGGCGAUGGUUCACUUCACUUCAGAGGGAGUUUGCUGGGGAAUGUUCUCUUGUUUGGAGGAGGCUGGGUUUUCUCUAUUCGGCCUUCAGCCUGGCUGGGUAAACAUGCUAUGUUGCCCAUAAGGGAGAUGUAGAUUAACUGACAUUUCACUGAUUUCAGUGUCAGUGCCGUCCAAAAUUUGAGAAGAUCUAAAGUAACGUGUUACCAGAUACACUGGUAACAACAAGCCAGAUCUGUGAAAUAGACUAAUGGUUUCUUUCCAAGAGUACCCCUAGAGACUGUACCAUGGAAGAGGAGAAAUGAAAUGUCCUGCCCUGCUUACAGUGUUUCUCCACCACCUACCUGCUGCCAACAAGCUUCACAAACUAACCACAAAGAAAGGUACAGGCUGCCAUAGUUUCAAUGUCUCCUUCAAAACCCAGGUGUUGCCAGUGUGAUAUUAAGUAUGGCAGCUUCAGAACUAAGGUUUUAAGAGUCCCUUCUGAAUGGAGCUAAAGUCUUAACUGUCAAAUACCCAAAGUCACUGCCCAUUUUCAAUAAUGUUUGCAUACAUUUAGUGUCUGAAAUAAAUUGCAAACAUUUCACUCUCACACAUAUCAACUGGCUCUACUUAUUCAUAUAUCAAUUAUCACACAUCAAAAUUCAUGUUAAAUCUCAAAUACUUAAAACUAAUGGUUGAGAUUUCUCUGCUUCUUCACCAGAUGUGUUGGAGCUAACUUCCUCAAACUAAGAUCUAACUAUGUGCAUAAUCCAGUGGGUUUACCCUUAAGAGACCCCUGAUCCUGAUUUUCAAGACAUUGCACUGGAUUUUUAUCUAUGAAGAUCAAACUAGAUAUUUUGGUACUAUGUGAGUUGUUUGGACAUUAACACUUAAGACUUGGCCAGUUUACCCAUACCUGUUUGGGUGGAAGCGUCACCCAGCCCCUGGCAUCCAUAUACCCAAAGAGUCUGGAAUGUUUGGGUGGAAGUUCCAUCCCAACCCUCCUCCCCUGCGAGUUGCCUCAGUCCAGAUUCUAAACCAAGCCAAACGAUGACCCCACCCCAGAGAUGUUCAAGACCACUCCCACCCCAAGAACAGACUGGUCUUUUCCCAUUUUCUUUCUGGGGGCUGGAGAGCCAUCCAGGAGUGUUGGUUAUUCAUUAAAUUUGGGCUUUUUCUAAAUUGGUUUGAUUUGGUCUGAUUUGGAUUAUUGUUUCGGUGGAAAGGUUUAUCAGAGUACAGAAACUUUUCAAUUCCGUUUCUUGUGACUUAGUACUGUUGUUGCAAAAAAAAAUCCUAUUGAAAUGGGGAAGGUUUGACUGUUCCUUGCCACUAGGAUUUAGGAGCCUCUAGCCUAAAUAAUAAAGAAAUUAUGAGGCACUUUCCCAGAUUUUCUAGAAUCAGCUAUAGUCUUAAGUUUUUAGGAACAAUUAGAAUGUGCUUCUCUUAAAUCAAUUAUAUUUAAAUAUAUAUACAUAUAUACAAUUAUAUUUCAGUACACUUACUUUAUACUGAGGACUUAGUGUCUCUACUGGAAAGUGAGCAGUACAAAACCAUUAAUGAUAGGCAAGGGUUUCAAGCUGUCUACAGUAUUUAAUACAGAAACCAGGUAACGUGAACAGAAUCCUUCCCUUCUAAUCUCAUGAAAGGUACUUUACCUUUAAAAAUACUUAAAUCUGCCUUUCAUAUGUAUGGGUGUUUUUCCUGCAUGUGUGUCUGUACACGAUGUAUCUGCAGUACCCGUGGAUGCCAGAUUAAGGUAUCUGAUCCCCUGGGAUUGUAGUUCCAGUUAGUUGUGAACAGCCAGUGGGUGUUAGGAAUCGAACCCAGGUUCUCUGAAAAAGCAGCAGUACUGAUUGUACUUUUAGGACAGGGUAAUUCAUAGUCCUUGCAUGAUUGAUGCAAAUGUUCGUUAGACAGCUGUGAUGAUGAUACAACAUGCUUAUUUUUUGA